CUCGAAGGAAGCCGCGAAGAUGCUGCGAGUCAGAGCUCCAGGCUCUCGAGCCCUACGGCUCUUCACCGUCCUCCCCUUCCUCCCCUUACUCCUCCCCUCCAGGACUGCUGGCUACUGGACUCCUCCGCGCCUGUUCCCCUGCCCCGAUCCCGAAGCCGUUUCGCCCUGCAGCUGCGAUUCAUAUGGCCAAGUUGAGUGUUCGUUUGCAAAUAGCAGCGAAGAGAUCUUCUCGGCAUUCAACGACGUCAUCUGGCCCUCCACUCAGCAAUUGCAAUUCUUUCUAAGAGGCACUCAGGGGAUGAAGAACCUCCCAGAAGGAAUCUUUGGGAAUGUCACAUUCCAGGAAAUGUUCAUCUCGGACACGAGCUUGGAAACGGUG